AUGGUUGGUGCUUUGCAGCUGGGUUGUAGCUAUGGACUUCCUGGAGUUUUUGCUUGCCUCAAGGGAGCAAGCAUAGUGCACUUUCAAGACCUGAGUGCAGAAAGUGUUAGAUGCACAACCAUACCGAACGUCCUUGCGAAUCUCGAACAAGCUCGGGACAGGCAGAGUAGACAGCCGGAGAGUCCCUUAACUCCGUCCAGACACAGUUUGAGCCCAUCGGUACAUUUUUACGCGGGCGAUUGGGAAGAGCUCCCAACAGUGUUAUCCGUUGUUAGGGGUGAUGGAUUUGAAGGACCAACUGGAAUGAGCUUGAGCUUCUCUGAAGAAGAUUUUAUGGAUGGUUGCAGCAGUCAAGAUGGUAGCAUCAUUGGGCAUGAGUCUUCCUCAAGGAGAUCGAGGAAACUAUCGGGAAGUCGAGCAUGGGAGAGGGCGAGUGAGAGCGAUCAGGGAGAAGGUGGAUACGAUGUAAUUUUAAUGGCGGAAAUCCCAUAUUCACUUAACUCUUUGAAGAAACUAUACAGUCUUAUAAAGAAGUGUGUGAGGCCACCAUAUGGAGUGUUAUACUUGGCGACCAAGAAGAAUUACGUCGGUUUCAAUAGCGGAGCGAGGCAUUUGAGGAGUUUGGUCGACGAGGAAGGCGUUUUUGGAGCUCACUUGGUGAAGGAGAUGACUGACAGAGACAUUUGGAAGUUCUUUCUCAAGUGAAACAAUGGCUUUGCUUCUUUCAUUGUAAAAUCUGUAUUUUUCUUUACUUUCUUGUCAAUUUUGCCAGCUUUUACUGUAAAGUACCCUCUCACUUAAUCAAAGCUUGAAU